AUGUCUGCGCCGACUAUUUGCAUGGGGCAGUACCUCUUCCGACGGAUCAAGCAACUCGGAACAGAGCAUAUUCUAGGCGUCCCAGGGGAUUUUAAUCUCAUUCUUCUCGAUGAAAUCUACAACGUCUCGGGCUUGAAAUGGAUCGGCUGUUGCAAUGAACUCAACGGCGCAUAUGCUGCUGAUGGCUACACGCGGAUCAAAGGCUCUCCGGCUGUGCUGAUCACGACGUAUGCUGUAGGGGAAUUGUCGGCGAUGAAUGGCGUGGGAGGCGCGUAUGCGGAGCAUGCGGGCAUGAUUCAUAUUGUCGGCAUGCCGGCGAGAUCGCUGCAGAAAGCGCGAGCAAUGCUGCAUCACACGAUGAAAGCUAACAUGGACCACGCAACUUACAUCCAUAUGGCAGCACCCAUCCGAGAAACCCAUGCAUACCUGAUGGACGACAAGACAAUGGCAGAGGAGAUAGACAGAACCAUUGCGACCUGCAUACGGAGUCGGCUUCCUGUCUACAUCUACGUCCCCGUCGAUGCUGUGUCGGUGCAACUGGACGCAAAGCGCUUAGAGACGCCGCUAGACGUGACCGUGCGGAACGGAGAUGGCAAAACCGAAGACCAGAUUGUCAGCAGUACGCUCUCCUUGAUUGAGAAUGCCUCGAGCCCAGUGAUCUUGGCUGAUGUCCUCGCAAUACGACACGGCGGGCAUGAGUUGACCAGAGAGUUGGCCGAGCUUACUCACUUCCCGAGUUAUUCUACCCCAUUGUCUAAAGGCGUCAUCGACGAGACACUUCCUUAUUACAACGGGCUAUACAAUGGGAAAGUGUCCUUCCCCGGGGUGGCUGAGAGUAUCGAGAGUUCGGAUCUGGUCCUGAACAUCGGCCCACUUCUCUCAGACUCCAACACCGGGGGUUUCACGAGAGAAAUCAAGGAUGACAAUCUCGUGCUCCUUGGACACGACUCAUGUCAAGUUAAAAAUCAGAAAUUCGAUGGCGUCCAUUUCUUGCCUGUCCUGAGAAGACUGGUCGCGGAGCUGAAAGCAAAUUCUCAGAAAUACAACCUUCCCCGUCCCCCCAACAGCCCCAGACUCGAGACACCUGUGCUGAACGACUCCAAGUCUGGAGAGAUAAAACAAUCGUAUGUUUGGCAACGACUCGGUCAGUUCUUGAGGAAAGACGACAUCCUGUUAGUAGAAUCUGGGACAGCUCAAUUUGGAAUGCCAGAUGCCACUUUCCCACCCAAUAUCAAAUUCAUCACCCAAACUUUUUGGUCGUCUAUCGGAUACACCGUUGGCGCCUGCUUCGGCGCCCUAAUCGCGGCAAAGGAGCUAAACCAUAGCGGGCGCAUCAUUUUGAUCGUCGGCGAAGGGAGUCUCCAGAUGACAGUGCAAGAGAUUGGAUCAUACAUCCGAUAUGGAUUCAAACCCAUAAUUUUUGUCAUCAACAAUAACGGGUAUGCUAUUGAAAGAGCAAUCCACGGACCAGAGCAGGGAUACAACGACGUCAGCGUGUUGUGGGAUUACCAGAAGAUGCUCGAGUUCUUUGGAGCAAGAGAGGACACUAGUGUGAAGGCGAAGAGUCGAGCCACGAAGACGGUCGGAGAGUUGGAGGCAGUCCUGAACGAUGAUGAUUUUGCCAGUGGGACCAAUAUCCAGCUUUGUGAAAUCUUCUUGGAUACAUUCGAUUAUCCGUGGAGAUUGACGCAGCAGAUCGACAUAUCUAGAGCACGGACGAGGCGAGAAGCCGAGAGACUUACUGCGGCGACGGGCGAGGCAUGA